GUGGUCGAAUUGCGGCCGUUUUUGGAUGGAUGGUUCGAAUAGCAACCAUUACGCGCAGCAGCAAGCUGCGCCAAGUGUUCCUUACAUGACUGCGGCAGGAACAGCGGUGAACCCAGCUCCUCCAGGAGUUCCAUACUACAUAGGCAGUCCGACUCAUCAGCCUCCUACCGUACAGCCACCAGUGCCGCCAGCUCCAGUCGGGAUGCCUGCGCAGUAUCAACCACAGUGGAACUCGCAAGCGUGGGGACCUCCGCAGCAGCAGCCUACCGUGUCAUGGCCAGCAAGAGUACAUGGAAUCUUGGAAGGCAUCAAGUCUAGCAAAUCCAUCGACGAAGCGAAGAAGAAGCUCGGCGCUCCAAGGAAUAGUGCUGUGGCGCGAAGCGGCCCGCGAAGCAGGGAACUGUCUGAUGACGGUAGCAGAUUUGACUCUCGAUCCACCGAUAAGAGUGAAGACAAGAAAGCGUGGGUCACUACCACGCUGGGGGAGUGUCUGAAGCUCAUCAAUUCCAAACUGGACAGCGUGGACAAGAAAUUGAAGUUGGACGCCGACGAGCGUGAGGAACUAGAACGCUUGCGGAAGGAAGUGCAAGGUGGCAAGGACAAGGAACUCUCCAGCAACGAAAAACGGAAAAGGUGCGGUGUACACACUCCAGUGGAAAAUUCGCCAUCAGCUGCACGCGCGCGGCCACGAUCGAAAGGCAGUUCGAAGACCAAGCCAAAGCGGAUUGAGUUGUCAGAUGACGAAGGACCAUCUGGCACCAAGCAGAACUUGCAAUCGAAGUUGGAAAGUACCAGCAGUGAGCUAUCUGACAUCAAGCGGAUGCUUGCCGCACUAAUGAGUGGCCUGGCAGAUCCGAAAGGAAAGUCCAAAGUAAUCCAGCGUAGCAAUGCGAGACAAGGUCCCGGUGAGGGCCACGGUGAAGGUACCGAUAUGGCGGAAAAUGCCCAGGUGGAAUGCGACGAGGAUGACCCGGAUGAAGACGAGUUUGCGUCAUACAUGAAGGUACGGGCCGAGUACUAUGGUUCCCUGCACUACACGCGAGUUCAGGAAAUGUGCAAGGAACGGGAGAUCGAGUACUUCAAGAAGGAUGUCGCCGUUUGGGAACUGGCAAGGCAGGAUUUGCAAGAGUACGCGGACUCACUACGGGAGGAACGCAGCACGCGCGAAGGCGACAAAGCUCGGCGGAAGGAACUCAGCGCAGAACCGGGACACGAUGACGCAGGGGAGGACCACGACACAGUCAAGGGAAACUGAGCCUUGGCAGCAUCAGAUCUUUUAGGCGUGCACUCGCCCAGUUGCAUCGUGCCAAGCGAG